GAUCCUGUGCGCUGCGGAAGCCUCGGAGCUGGGGCCGGGGCGGGCCGGUUGGCGGGAGGGAGGUAACCUUUCCCAGUGUCUCCCGCGGCUGUCCGAGGCGGGAAGACUCUGUGGAGUGGUCGGCGGGCGGCAUGAUGGGAGCGCCGGAGCAGCACGGGUCGGGCCCGGCGGCGGGGGAGCAGCUGCAGCAGCAACACGACAUGUGCCAGGUUUUCUCCGAGCGGGUGGCUCAGGGGAAGCUCCAGCAAGGGUUCUUCUCCAGCUUCUUCACCAACCACCAGAGGUGCCAGCUCAUGCUCCUGAAGACGCUGGAGACAAAUCCAUAUGUCAAGCUUCUACUUGAUGCCAUGAAGCACUCAGGUUGUGCUGUUAACAGAGAAAGACACUUUUCUUGUGAAGAUUGUAAUGGAAAUGUCAGUGGAGGUUUUGAUUCUUCAACAUGUCAGAUUGUUUUGUGCCAGAAUAAUAUCGGUAAUCAGGCCCAUAUGAACAGAGUGGUCACCCAUGAACUUAUUCAUGCAUUUGAUCAUUGUCGUGCUCAUGUUGACUGGUUCACCAAUGUCAGACAUUUGGCCUGUUCAGAGAUUCGAGCUGCAAACCUCAGUGGAGACUGCUCACUUAUAAAUGAAAUCUUCAGGCUACAUUUUGGAUUAAAAAGACACCAUCAGACUUGUGUGAGAGAUAGAGCCAUUCUUUCUAUCCUUGCUGUCAGGAAUAUCAGCAAAGAAGUAGCUCAAAAGGCUGUUGAUGAAGUUUUUGAAUCUUGUUUCAAUGACCAUGAACCUUUUGGAAGGAUCCCACAUAACAAAACAUAUGCAAGAUAUGCUCAUAGAGACUUUCAAAACCGUGAUCGAUAUUAUUCAAAUAUAUGAAGACAAUGCCAUUUUAUAUUAAUGAGUAUGAAGAAAUUAUGUUUCUCAAAUGGACAGACCUAUAAUGUAAGUGAUCAAUUAAAUACAGAUAAUACAAAGAAGUUGCUGGUUCUAGUGUAUGAUCAGAAAAAGAACUGUGACAAAAAUGAAACUGCCUUAAACUCCAAGGCAAAAACUGUAUCUUUAUAGUUAACAAUUUGGUAAAUAAGGUAAAUAAAUUACAUUUUUGUAUUUUCUACAGUG